AUGGAUUCCGCCAAGCAGCCCGCUAAGCUCGUCAAGGUCACUCGUGUCCUCGGCCGUACCGGAUCCCGUGGUGGUGUCACCCAGGUCCGCGUCGAGUUCAUGGACGACACCUCCCGCAGCAUCAUCCGUAACGUCAAGGGCCCAGUCAAGGUCGACGACAUCCUCUGCCUGCUCGAGUCCGAACGCGAGGCCCGCCGUCUCCGUUAA